UCAUGUUGUUGACAGACUUUCAACUGAUGUUUCUGGGACUUAUUUUGUGCAUCACAGGUGUUAAUGGAGGAGAAACCAGGAUCUGUGCUCUCAAAGGUUCAUCAGUGGAUCUGCACUGCUCACAUCAACAUCUGACUUCAAGCAGAAAAUGGUUCACUAUAGACUGGGAUGGUUACAAGUAUGUUCAGAGUGAGCUCUCUGUGGAUGGACAACGUGUAACGUACAACAUGUCUAAAGAGAAAAACCCAACUUUAACCAUCAAUGAUCUAAGAGAGAGUGAUGCAAACACUUACUGCUGUAUGAAGACUACAGACAGUCCAGGACGCUGCUGGCUCAACAGAAUUACUCUUCAAGUUGUUGCAGAGCUGCAGGUAAAGGUGAUUCCUGCCACAGAGGGACAGACAGUAACACUGAUGUGCAGCGGCAGCUGUCCUCUGACUGAAAAGCCUGCAGCCUACAUCUGGUACAAGAACAGAGAGUUUCUCUAUGAGGACUGGUCUCCCUGGUACCAAGAGCUGCUCAGCAGUGAGGAAGCAGUCACAUACUCCUGUGCUGUCAAAGGCUACGAGGAUCUCAGAGCCCCUGAAGUCUCUGUGGGUGUUCAGGAUAAAAACUGCUGGAGAGUGAAUUAUGUCAGCAGGAGAAUCUGUGCUCUGGAAGGAUCUUCAGUCAACAUCACAAGUGAAUACUCACAUCCUGAUAACAUGAAGCCAGAGUUUAAAUGUUGGAGUAAAAAAUGGAGAAAAGAUGAAGUGGAAGUUGAAGAGCUGAUUGAGGCUGCAGGUCGUGUGGAGUAUCAGGACAACAUGAAGAACCAACACAUCCUGACCAUCAACAACCUGAAGAAGAAUGACUCAGGAGGAUACACAUUCAGAUCCAACAAAGAUCAUGAAGGAUGGACACAGUCUGAUCUGCCUGGAGUCUUUUUGAUUGUCACAGAGCUGAGAGUGAAGAUGAGUCCUUCUGCAGUGGUGACAGAUGGUCAGAGAGUCACACUGACCUGCAGUACCAGCUGUCCUCUGACUGACAACACAAACUACAUUUGGUACUUGAACAGUCGACCUCUGACCCCGAGAGAGAACCACAACAAACAUCUGAUCCUAGACCCAGUCAGCAGGGAGGAUGCAGGAAGCUACUCCUGUGCUGUGAAAACCAACAAAGAUAUCAGCUCUGCUCCAAAGACUCUCACUGUCCAAAGUAUCACAGGAACAUGGACACCAGCAGCUGCAGGAGUUUCUGCUGCUCUGCUGCUUUUAAUACUUCUCAGUGUCUUCUGGUGUGUUAGGUAAGCAACAACUGGUUCGGUUCAAAGCUAUACAUUCAGUCUUUGCGCUGAAAUCACUUAUUUUCCUGUUAAUUGAUUUUAACCAGGAAACAGAGAACUUCUGCUCAGUCUCCAACAACUGAAAGCUCUGACCAAAUUGAACAGCUCAGCCUUGGUCCUGUUAAUGACAUCUCAACACAACCAAAGGAGGAGGAUGAAGUCCACUACAGCAGAGUCAACUUUAAAAAUAAACAUGUGGUUCGUCUUUGUUCC